CUUCAUUACAGGGCGCGCACACACACAGAGUCUCGUCUGCCGAGACACCGACACUGACCUAAACGCUCUCUCAAGGCCCGUCGCAGCAGCCCAGGCUCCUACUCGGGUACUUGGAGCUGUGUUACACCUGUUCACGCAAAGCCCAGCAGCGCGGCGAUUCCCUCGCCCGGCCCCGCAUUCAAGUACAUCUCGCUGCUUCACGCAACAGCCCCUCGCUGCUGCCAGUCAUCAGGUGGAGGCCUGGCAGGCAGCUUGUCAGAUCGACACCACCACCAGGCUAGCUCCAAGAUGCUAGAGGCAGCGCAACACGCGACCUUUGCGUUUUCACCAGACAUUGACUCCAUGCAGCACCUCGCGCACCGACAGACACAGGACCUGGCGCUACUUGCCCAGCGGCGCAUGCCAGGUCAGCAGCGUGGCGCUGUGCACCAGCAGCACCAGCAGCCAUUGCCGCCGAUUGUGAACUCGCAACACUCGAGUAGUCUUGCGGCGGACGCACAGAUGUCACCGCUCCAACGCGAGCUGCUGACGCUUGCGCUGAGCCAGGCCGGUACGCUUCGAGUAGCACAGCCGGCUCAGCACGGCGGUGGGGGCGGCGGCAGAGGAGUCCGCGAUGACUCGGCCACGCGGCAUGAGCUAUCGCAAUUCGCAAAUUCGCUUCAGCUAGCGAUGCCCGCGCGCUCGCAGCCCCUGUCGAGCACUGGGCGCUUGCUGGACCUGCAUAACCCCAGCAGUGUCGUGAAAUCGGUCGGGCCUAUGGGGGAGGAAACCGGUAUCACGGACGGCAGUCAAGCGCGGCGCAGUGAUGGCCACCACGAGCUGCUGGACCAGCUCGCGCUGGCUUAUCGCCGCGAGCAACAGGCCAAGCGCGAGGAGCAGGCCCUGCAGCUGCAGCAUGAAAUUCAGCACCUGCAGCAGCAGCAGGAGCAGCUGCGGCAGCACAUCGCAGCGGCGCAACAGCAACAGCAGCAGCAGCUGGCGCCGCCCUCGCCGCGCCCCAACCCAGUGCUUACGGCACUGGCAGCCGUCGCCGCUGCGUCGGCCGCCCGCCGGGCGCCUCUGGGCGGCUACCCGGAGGCCGCCACCACCGCCGCCGUCGCUGCGGCGCGUCACGCCCUGUCUGACGACUCGGAGGAGACCACCAUGGCACACGCGGCGGACACGGCGGCCCGGGUGUGGCGGCCGCCUUCCCGCCCCUCGGCGGCCUCAGCGGCUGCGGCUGUGGCUGCUGGCGCGCUGGUUACGGACCGCGCCAACGUCGACCUGCACCGGCGACUGGGCACCAGGCAUGAGGAGGCGGAGAUGGAGAUGGGGAUGGGGAUGGGGACGGACAUAGAGAUGGAGGCGGAGGUUGCGGCGCCCCUGCGGCCGGCAUACCUCCACCCGCACCAUGUCCACCAGCAGCAGCAACAGCGGCGGCCCUUCCAGCAGGCGUGCCGGCCGGUGGUGUCGCAGCAGGAGCCCGAGCAGCCCCGGCAGCAGCAGCAGCCGCAGCCCCAGCAGCAGCCCCAGCAGCAGCCGCAGCUGCAGGCGCUGCCAGCGUAUGCCGCGGGACCGCACGCGCACACGCAGCUGCUGCAGCUGCUGCUGGCGCAGCGUGGCCGCGAGCGCGAGUGGGAGCUGCAGGCGCGCGAGGCGGCGGUUGCAGCCUCGCAGUCGGCCGGCGGCUCCACGCCCGCCGCCGGUCCUGCGGCUGCGGCGGCCGCGCAGCAGCAGCGGCAGGCGCCCCGCCGCGAGGCCGCGCCAGCGGCCCUUGUUCCUGUGGUGGCGUCACCGGCAAUGCCCGGCGCCGAUGAGUCGCAAGACGCGGCGGCGGCGGCGGCGGCGGCGGUUCUGGGGCGGCUGCUGACUCAGCUGCCCGGGCUGGGCGUGCCGGCGGAGCAGGUGCAGGAGCUGUUGGGGCGCCUGCGCCGCAGCCCGCACACCCGGGACAGCAGCCCGCCCCUGCUCGCUGGCCGGGAGCAGCAGCCGGAGCAGCAGCGGGAGCAACAGUGGGAGCAGCAGUGGGGGCAGCAAUGGGAGCAGCAACGGGAGCAGUGGGAGCAGGAGCACGAGAGCAGGGCCGCGGCGGCAAAGCGCGAGCCGGCACCAGCACCAGCACCGGUGCCGGUACCGCAGCAGCCGGCGCUGCCGGCCCUGUCGACGAGUCUGCUGCAGUCGCUACUGCUGCAGGCCCGGGCUGCGAAGAAGCAGGGCGGCGGGGAGGUCGCUGCCGCCUCGCCGCGUGCUCCAGCUCUGCCGCCGCGCUCGCCCGCGGCUGACACGGCCGCCGCCGCCGCCCUUGCGCCGCCGCCCGCCUGUAAGCGCGACUCAUCCUCCGCCUCCGGCACCACCACCGCGCCCGCCGCCGCCGCCGCCACCGCCGCCACCAGCUCGCGCCCGCGCUCGCUAACCGCCGCCGCCAACAGCGCCGCCGGCGGCGGCGGCCCGGCGGCGCGGCGCGGCGCGGGCGCGCCGUCGCGCGCGAUGUGCGCCGCCGCCGUGGCUGCGGCGCCCGCCGCCGAUGGCCGCCGCGUGCUGGUUGCCAAGACGCUGACGCACUCGGACGCGCGCACGCGGCGCCUGAUUCUGCCGCGCAUGUCUGUUGAGGUGAACUUACCCGAGGCUGUCGCCGACCCCGGCUACAGCUUUGACGUCAUCGACGAGCGCGGCCACUCGUGGCACUUUGUGAUUCGCUCCUGGCCCAACGGCUGCAACCCCAAGCCCGUCUAUGUGCUGGAGCACAUCUCCGAGUACGUCAAGGCGUACGGCAUCACGUCGGGCGACGUGCUGGGCCUGCUGCGCGGCCCCGACGGCCGCAUGCACGUCGAGGUCAACUCGGAACCCAUCAUCGCCGCCGCCCGCGUCACCUCCGGCCUGCGCACCCGCACCCGCGCGCCCAAAGGCACUGGCGUCGUUGGCGCCGCGGGUGUGGGCGCCGGCGGCAGUGGCGCCAGCGGCGCGGCGACGGCGGCGCGCAAGCGCGCCGCGCCGGCUCGGCCGUCGCCGUCGCCGUCGUCCGAGGAGGAGGAGGAGCGUCUGAGCGGUGGGCGUGGCGAGGAGAGCAAUGAGGAGGAGGAGGAGGACGGGUCGCAGGGUGGCGGCGGCGGCGGCGGCACCCGCGGCUCAGGCGCCGUGCGGCGAGGCCGCGGGCGCGCGGCUGCCUCUGCGGCGCGGGUUGAGGAGGAGGACGGGGGCGAGAGCUGGGCGGCGGGCGGCAGCCGGCGUGCAGGGCCGGCCCCCGCGGCGGCGCAGGGGCUUCCGCAGCCGGGCUUUGCCACGCUCGAUGCCGCAGCCGCCUUCUCUGCUGCUGCCGCUGCAACUGCUGCCGCUGCAGGCGGUGCAGCCGGCGCCGCCGGCUUCCCCUCAGCCGCGGAUGAUCUGGCCCGCACCUACAGCGAGCACGUGCGCGUGCUUGAGGCCAUGCAGGUGCUCACCUCCUUCCGGGGGGGUGGCGGCGGAGGAGGAGGCGGCGCCGGCGGUGGCGCCAAGCGCUGCCGCCUCGCCGGCGCGCGCGACGUGUCCGCGGCGGCGCCGGCGGCUGACGCGGCCAGCAACUUGUCGUACAGCUAUGACGAGGACGAAUGAAUUGGUUCAUUGCUGGUUCUGGCGAGGCCACGGCCGCUGGGGUCGCGGGCAGGGGCAACAUGCUAGGCCGCGGGCCAGACCAGACCAGGCGGUGGGGUCUGCUGUGCCGGCUUGCGGUGUUGAGAAGCGAGCUAUGGCUUGGGCGUUGGGAAGGGCUGAGCAUGGUUUGUGUGUAUGUGCUGAGUUUGCCGAUGCGCAUUCAUGUAUGCAUGCAAACAGAAACACACGUGAAGCAUCUGUCUAGCGGAAGCACAAAUUCUCAAUUUCAGUGGAUGUACACUUACUGGUGUGAUGCCAUGUUGCUCAACACAUAUACAUGGGAAUUCAGAGGCCGGACUCGUGGCUUGAUGGGUACAGCGGAUUGGGAAUGGAGUGUUGCAGUGCGUUCAUCACGAGCACA